AUGGCACUAAAAACUACCACCCAUCUCUCCAGCACGCUGCCACACGUUCUGAAGGAAUAUGUACCUGAUUACGAGCCGAAACACACACCUGCUGCCAAAACUUUGAUAGAGCCUAGACUGGACUCACCAUCUAAAACUGAACAGUCCGAAGGUCAGCAGUCAAAUCGGGACCUGACAAGACAGCAGUCACGUUGCACAACGAACCACAGGAGGAAUGUCAGUCCGUCUCCUACCAACUAUGGACGCAAGAAGAAACAGAUGAGUGACAAUGAGCGCCAUGAACAUCUGUCGGAAAAGUGGGAUCUGGCCAAGAGUGAGGUUCGCCAUGACCAAUACGAACAGCUCCUUGAGAAGAUUGCUCUGCAGAAAGAACUUAUACAGAAGCAAGAUCUCUACGCCAAAAAGAGACGAGAAGAAGCUGACAGACUUCAACUACAGAAAAAAGAAAGUGAAAAAGCCAAGAAGAAUGCACGGGAAGCAGCUCUUGAGCAGAAGUGUAAGGAUUCGUUGGAGGAAGACAGAAAAGCUAAUCGGUUGGAAAAGAAAAAGAAUGCAAAGUCGUCAGCAGCCACUGACCAAUCUUCUAAUGGAAAUGAUGGUGGCAAGACAAUGGGUGCAGGGGGAAAGUCCGUGGACUUUCAGGCAUCCCAUCCACCAAUGUCUAGGACACCCUCCAACUUCAAUCUGAAGGAAGCAAAAAAGACUUGGCAGAAACCUACCCAGGAAGAAUUACAAUGGUACCAAAGUAAGCUGUACGACAUGUUUGGGGAGGAUGCGGACACAUUCCUGCAUCCAAAGAUGGAACAACAAGUCAAGGUCAAUCCAGCUCUUGGCAAACAAGGAGGAUCAACUCAGAAAAUGGACCAGAUUAUGGAGGAUUUGUCUUUUGAGGGCUUAGGAAGAAUCGGAGCGGCUAAGCUGUGGGAAACACUACGUAAAGAAUCAAUCAUGCGAUUACUGAGGGAAGAUGCCAACAUCCCAAAUGAACUAAAGGAGACAUACAGUGCUUUUGUGCGACAGAGCCUUGGCAGUCAACGCAGAAUUGUACGCAGAAACUUCUAUGCUGAAGAUGAUCGAAGGAAACGAAGGGUGAAAGUUCCAGAGUUAGCGCGACUCCAGGAUGAAUCAAUGCUGACCAGUGUCCGCCACAACAAACACAAAAUGGACCUGAUGUAUCGAGCAUCACUUAGCAACAUGGAUCGGACACGCAUCCUGAACCACAAUAACCCACUCCCUGACCUCUCAGAAGGGGAGGAGAACUGCGUUGGCCGAUACCUUCCAUCUUGGAUGGAUGAUUUUGAUGAUGAGUCUAUCCCAGAAUAUACUAAAUGGCUACGGUCCAGACAACAGAGUGCUACCCCACGGAUUAAUAGCAGUAAGAAAAAGGAUCCCUGGUCUAGAGAGGAACUGGAUGACGAACUCAUUCUUCUCAUGUCAGCCAAACGCAAACCAAGUCCCAAGCCAAAGUAUGUCUUUAUGACAGAAAAAGAAUCUAAGGUCAAAGGUCAAUUCUCUGACAAGUUUAAGGAAGAUCGAGAGUACAAGGAUAUUCCACGUCCCUAUGCUGGUGGGCAUCCAGACAUGAAGUCCAAAUCAGUAAUGGGUGUGUCAGAGAACUCUUUUACAUCAAGCAAGCGAGCAGAAUCUGCCCCUCUACCACAGAAGUUUUUGAAUAACUAUGAAACCUUCACCACACCGUGGGAACCUCUCAGCAUGAAUGCUUUGAUGGAAUACAAAACAAGACUGGACACUGAAGGGGAAGGGGAAUUCAACAUGGGGCGUACUAAAAUGUGGAAGACGGAGGUGAAGGUCUCCUGAUGAAUGUCAAAUUUUCAGUUUCUGAAAAUUACAUAAUUGACUGCCAAAAAUUUGAUCUAGAUGAUAAUGUUAAAACGUGAAGGUCAUUUAUAUAAAUUUCUUUAUUAUACUUGGAAAUUUAUGUGAUGCCAUAUGUUAUC